AUGAGCUACACUAACUACUGGGUAGUGGACUAUGACCUCUCUUCUCCUGCUCCACCUGUGUUCCCCAGGGGCCCGACAGUGCUGCAGCCACCCAUGGCAGGACACCCCGAGCAGGGAACAGCCCUGUGUUUCGUGGGCCUCCUCCUGCUCCUGCUGCUCUUCCUCAUAGUUCGUUGUGUCCGUAUCUUGUUGGACCCCUACAGCAGCAUGCCGGCUGCCUCGUGGACAGACCACAAGGAGGGGCUGGACAGAGGACAGUUUGAUUAUGCAUUGGUGUAA